CAACCGGGGGAGGAUCACGCCAGUGCCCAGGUCCCAGGAACCGUUGUCUUGUUCCUUCACUCAUCGCCCAUGCUCUCAGCCUCGUCUGGAAGGACAGGAGUUUUGCAUUAAGCAUAUCCUCGAGGACAAGAAUGCACCCUUCAAGCAAUGUAGUUAUAUAUCCACGAAGAAUGGAAAGAGAUGUCCCAGUGCUGCCCCAAAGCCAGAGAAGAAAGAUGGUAUGUCCUUCUGUGCUGAUCAUGCCCGAAGGAAUGCCCUAGCGCUUCAUGCUCAAAUGAAGAAGACCAAUCCAGGGCCUAUGGGUGAAACUCUGUUGUGCCAGCUGAGUUCAUAUGCUAAGACAGAGUUGGGCUCUCAGACUCCAGAAAGUAGCCGUAGUGAAGCCAGCCGAAUACUGGAUGAAGACAGCUGGAGUGAUGGGGACCAGGAACCCAUUACUGUGGAUCAGACAUGGAGAGGUGACCCUGACAGUGAAGCUGAUAGCAUAGACAGUGAUCAAGAAGAUCCCUUAAAACAUGCUGGUGUGUACACAGCAGAAGAAGUGGCCCUGAUUAUGCGUGAAAAGUUAAUUCGUUUGCAGUCUUUAUACAUAGAUCAGUUUAAACGACUUCAGCAUUUGCUUAAGGAGAAGAAGCGCCAGUACUUACAUAACCGCAAAGUGGAACAUGAAGCUCUAGGCAGCAGUCUCUUGACUGGCCCAGAGGGACUUUUAACCAAAGAACGAGAGAACUUAAAGCAAUUAAAAUGUCUCCGGCGGUAUCGCCAGCGCUAUGGAGUGGAAGCCUUACUACACAGGCAACUGAAGGAACGCAGAAUGCUGGCCACGGAUGGUGCUGCCCAGCAGGCCCAUACCACUCGUUCCAGUCAGAGGUGCUUGGCCUUCGUGGAUGAUGUUCGUUGUUCCAAUCAGUCUCUUCCAAUGACCAGACACUGCCUUACCCGACUUGGAUGUUGUGGGUGAUGGUAUGCAGUGUCCUCCUUCACCCUUGCUUUUUGAUCCUUCACUAACCCUUGAAGAUCAUUCAAUCAGAGAAAUUGCUGAAGGCUCAGUGGAUAUAUUGAUAUUUGUCAGGAUACGAAUCAAGUUCUUUUCAAAUGCUGCCAGGGAUCUGAAGAGGUCCCCUGCAACAAAGCAGUUCCUGUAA